AACUCGAAAAUGGUUGGUUGGUUGGUCUCUUCGCGGGCGCUCGAAAGAGGCAACGUCCAUCGACCGACACCGGCAGCAAUCGUGGAUCGGAUACAUGCCAUGCAUGUGACAGACGGUAAAGGUGGGAGCUGAGCGCCACCUUUGUUUUUUGUGUUUCCGUGGGAUGUGAGCGCAAAGCAAAAAGAGCUUCUUUUGCCCCUUCGAUGAGCCAACUUAGCUUCUUGAUCGGAUGAAAAAAAAAAAUACUAAAGGAUUUUGCUUCGGAAGAUAUCAAAUUUCUUUCGAGCGAAGGAAGAGACACGAAUUACAAGGGGGAAAGGCCUCGAAGGGGAUAUCCGUCGGCCGCCCUGAUGCAUAGCCAGAAGAAGUGAGACUCAAAAGCCAAGAAUUCCCCUUUUCCUCAUCGAUCUGAUCGAUCCGAGGUUCGCCCGCUCAAUUUCUCUUGUUUAUACGAAUCCCGCGACUCCCGGAUCUGGAAAGAAGGGGAGGGUGGUGGAAAUGCCGUUAAAGAGUCUAGUCCGUGAGCUCAAGGAGAUGCCGGAUGGGAUCGGGGGAGGAGGCGAAGGAGAAGGCGAAGGCGGCGGAGGAGCGAUAACGAUGGGGCACGGUCGCGAAGGUGCCCCGGAGGGUAGAUGGGUGAACCUGCCGCCGGAACUGCUGUUUGAUGUCAUCCGCAGGGUGGAGGCAAGCGAGGCAUCGUGGCCGGCGAGGAGGCAUGUGCUGGCGUGCGCGGCCGUGUGCCGCUGGUGGCGUGGCAUCACAAAAGAGGUGGUCAAGUCACCGGAGCAAUGUGGCCGGAUCACCUUUCCUCUUUCUCUCAAGCAGCCCGGACCACGAGAUCAUCCGAUUCAGUGCUUCAUGAGGAGGGAGAGAACGACAUCCACCUUCCGUUUGUACCUGGGUCUGACCCCAUCGCUGCAGAGCCACAAGGACAAGCUUUUGCUUGCAGCCCACAAGACCAGACGUGCAACUAGCACCGAUUUUGUCAUCUCGCUGGCCUCCGAUAAUUUCUCUCGGGCUAGUAACGCCUACAUUGGAAGAGUGAGGUCAAACUUCUUGGGGACCAAGUUCAUGGUUUACGAUAGCCAGUGUCCUCAUGAUGCCCCUGUUUCUUCUUCGAGCAUUCCGUCAAAUCCAAGGGCCCCUUCCAAGCAAGUGUCCUCGACACAUCCAGCUGGAAAUUACGACGUUGCUACCGUCUCCUACGAAUUUAAUGUCCUUCGAACCCGAGGGCCCAGAAGAAUACAAUGCACCAUGCACUCGAUUCCAGCCUCCUCCCUCCGGGAAGGCCGGGGGGGUGUCCCGGCACCCACCAGCUUUCUCCAAUCCGUCGACGAACGACAACAACCCCUCUCGGAAUCAGCAAGGGGUUUUCCUUCCGACGGUCCCACCGGUUCGGUCCCGCUGAUUCUCAAGAACAAAUCCCCGAGGUGGCACGAGCAGCUCCAAUGCUGGUGCUUGGACUUCAAGGGACGAGUCACUGUGGCUUCCGUCAAGAACUUUCAGCUUGUGGCGGCCGUAGAUCCUUCCUUUGGGGUGUCUCUGGCAGAGCAAGAGAAGGUUAUCCUCCAAUUCGGUAAGAUAGGAAAGGACAUCUUCACUAUGGAUUAUCGAUAUCCACUCUCUGCGUUUCAGGCAUUCGCAAUCUGCUUGACCACCUUUGACACUAAGCCAGCAUGUGAAUGAAUCGAUAUUUCUCUGUUUUA